AUGAUUACUGAAGCUAUAGACCUGAGCGUGUCUCUGACUGAAGAAACCAUCAGGCUAAACAAGUUUUCAAUUUCUGAUCCAAAGAAGAAAGAGACACACGUGGAGUCCUCGGGAGAGAACAAACGGAAGUUCUCCAACUUUAAGCAAGGUACCAGCAGUUCGAACAAGAAGGGUGAGACAAGUGCGCCGGCCAAGGCCAAAGGAAAGGGGUAUAUGGGCACCUUGCCCAAGUGUAACGCUUGUCAGUUACAUCAUGAGGGACGAUGCAGAUCUGGGAAAUGUGAAUCUUGUGGAAGAGGGGGGCACUCAAAAGAAACAUGCUGGGCUGGUACUGGCCGUGGCGGCCAAAGGGGUUUUGGUAACAACAACCGUGGAGGUAAUGGGAAUGGAAACCGCCCGCAAGGAAAUAAUGGAGGUAAUGGAAACCGUGGUUAUCAAGCUGGUAACCGGGGAACAAACAACGCACAAGGCGGUACUGGAAAUGAUAACAAUCCGGUAGCACCUCGGCUUUGCAACACUAAUUCCUUAUCAAAUGAAUCAGGAACACAGCUAUUUAUAGAGGACUAA